AUGGCCAAUACUUCUUGGGUAAUAUUCUUGUUCUUUUUGGUUCAGCUCAGUCACGCCGCUUUUCAAAAACACCCUUCAUACGACACCCCGGUGGAAAUAAUCAACCCACAAUCGGAUGAAGCCAAGGUAGGGUAAACUUUUCAAUUUCCCAAUAAUUUUUUAGAAUGUGGUUCGCGACGCCUUCAACUACGUGAAUACCAACAUCUACCCGUCAAAGCCGCGCGCUUUGGUCCAAAUUCUCGAAAUUGCCAAACAGAACAGCAAUGGGAUCGAUUAUCAGAUCCGUUUGGUUUUGGGGACCAGCCAGUGUCCCGAUGGGAAGACGCAAUUUUGUGGGCUCGGUCAUAUUGUUGAUGUAGACGUGGUCUACAUGUUCAGAUCGUCGAAAAAUUCAACGACCGAGCCUCGAUUCCGGUUCCUUCAACUGAAUCAUGAGCGAUGCCCGGCACCGAUUCAGCAUGCCGGCGCAUUCGGCCAGAGUAUGAUCCCGAUUCCCGGAUUUGUGGUGGGACCAGUGCCAGUCAGCCAAAAAAGUGCGCCCGAAAGUUCGGCGCCCGGAUUUGCGGCCGUCUCGAAAAGCAACGGGGCGCUUCAGGAGAUCUUCGGCAAUGGACCUCCGGGGCUGUAA